CAAGCACCCGAAGAAGAAGGGACGAAAGUAAAAAUAGGAGGAACUUAUUUCGAAAAUUGUUGUGUCCCCAAAAGUUAAUAAUGUGAUUUUGUGAUGGGAUAACAUUACAUUAGUUAUGUGAAUAGUUUGUUAUUCAUUUUCGUCUAGUGUUUUGUGUUGUUUCGUGUUUUUUGUGACAAUAUUCUUUUGGUACCCCCGGGUGCAAGCCGGUCUUGCAAAAUAAACCCGGAAUGAAAUUCGCAUUUCGUUUGUUUUUCGUUGUGAUAUGCUGGUCAUAUGCGCAGAAUGUUGUUAAUGGUCAAUGUAAUUGUGCCACGGAUUGUGCGACUAACUGUGCGGCUGGAACCCACUAUGACUCAGGAUCUUGUGUGACCUGUCCUCAGGGACACUAUUGUCCUGGAGGAGCCAGUCCCAAAACAGCAUGCCCGGGAGGAAAGUACAUGGACACAACGGGAAGUGACCAGCUCUCCGACUGUAAGACAUGUGUGGCAGGAAAGUACAGCAGUGCAGGGUCAACGACAUGCCUCAACUGUCCCGCUGGAAAAUCCUGUGGGGCGGGGACAGAGACCCCCUCAAACUGUAAUGCUGGUGAAUACUCCCUACUGGGAGCCUCUAGCUGCACGCCCUGCCCUAUAGGCUCCAUGUGUACCGCCACUGAUCAGGGUCCAACACUGUGUACAGAAGGAUUUUACACAUCUUCAACUGGCCAACAAUCCUGUACAAAAUGUCCAGCAGGAAGUGAGUGUCCAAACAGAGGGACACCUGUCCAGUGCACUGCUGGUCACUACUCUGCGGAGGGGUCAGGGGUCUGUGAAGCUUGUCCCCCAGGAUUCUACAGCUCAGCUGCAGGUGCUAGUGUUUGUUCGUCAUGCCCAGAGGGAAGUUCUUGUGCUGGUAACGGAACUUCUACCCCAACACCUUGUGCAGCAGGAUAUGUAGCCCCAGCCGAGUCCAGUACCUGUACUCAAUGUGCCUCAAGUAGGUCCACACCAACUGACUGUGGCAGUGGAGAAUAUGCAAUUCUUGGAAAUGGAACCUGUACCCGCUGUCCCAGGGGAAGUUACUGUCCCACAAAGACCGCAGCACCUCUGGCUUGUUCCUCCACCCAGUAUUCAGGCGAGGGGGCUACAUCAUGUACUGACUGCCCCGUGGGUCACUCCUGUCCGACCCCAGACGCCACCCCGGUCCAGUGUGAUCCAGGCCAGUACAGUGCUGCCGGAGUGAUCACCUGUACAGACUGCGCAGCAGGGAAGUUCUGCCCUAAUCCCUCGGCAGCUGAGACUGACUGUCCUGAUGGAUUCUGGUCCUCCACAAAACAAACGUCCUGUACCCAGUGUCCUAACGGGAAAUACUGCUCCAAAACAGCCGAGACUGCGUGUCCUAGUGGUACCUACUCCCUGGGGAUGGCUACAGCCUGCUCCUACUGUCCCGCUGGAUAUGAAUGCACAAACCCUGCUGCCUCUCCUAAUGCCUGUAAUCCUGGAGAAUAUAACAUCAAUGGAUCAACAUCUGCCUGUACUAUCUGUCCAGGAGGGUCAAUGUGCCCUGUGACCACUGCUGCCCCAACACCUUGUGCUGCAGGUUUCCUGAGUGGUACUGGACAAAGAGAGUGUAUUCAGUGUCCAGCUGGGUAUGCUUGUCCAGAUAAUACUGACCCCACCAAGAACUACGCCUGUCAUGCUGGAUCCUACUCUAUUGCUGGACAAAUGGACUGCACUGUGUGUCCCGCUGGAAAAUACUGCCCCAGUACAAGCUCCUCCAAUGAGAUUCCUUGUCCGGGAGGAACGUACUCCACUGGUAACAGCUCUUCCUGUACUAAGUGUACCCCUGGGGAGGUGUGUCCUAAUGCAGAUGGGACAGGAAUCCAGACCUGUCUUCCUGGGACGUACUCUGUAGCGGGGUCAGCGGCCUGUGUGGACUGUCCGGCUGGGUCGGCCUGUCCUUCCACCAACUCCUCCCAACAGAUACAGUGUCUCCCGGGGACGUACUCACUGACAAAAGCUACGGAAUGUACACCCUGUCCUGCUGGAUUUGCAUGUCCGAUGACAAACCAGGCCACCCAGGUUCCCUGUCAGGAUGGGACUUAUUCUGUGGGUAACCAGACUGCCUGUAUCAGCUGUCCAUCUGGCUAUGAAUGUCCAGACUCCUCCACCAACAGCACCACUGCCUGUCAGCCAGGCUACUACUCUCUGGGAGGCCAGAAGACGUGCACCAUGUGUGAUGAGGGCUACAGGUGCCCCAAUACCUACGAGGGUCAGACAGUGUGUCCCCCAGGGUUCUACAGCGCAGCCGCCUCCACCAACUGUACCGGAUGUGAACCAGGGUACUACUGCCCUGAACCAGAACAAACCAGGAGAGCAGAGUGUCCCCCUGGAUACUACUCUAACGGUGGUGCCAUCUACUGCACUCCAUGUUAUGCUGGUUACACCUGUUCUAUGGGGUCCACUAACGCCACCCCUGCUGCUGACAUCUGCCAGGCUGGGGGAUGGUGUGAUGGCAAGAACUUCUUCCGUUGUCCAGCUGGAACAUACAAUCCUCAUAAUGGAUCCAUUGACUCCACUGCUUGUGUCCUCUGUCCUCCAGGAUACUACUGCCCUGGUCCAGGUGAUACCUCCUACACACAGUACCCCUGUCCUAAAGGCCAUUAUUGUCUUGAGGGAACCACAGUCAGUACACAGUACCCUUGUCCUGGAGGCUCAUAUAAUCCUGAUGACAAUUCCACCAGUGAAACUGCUUGUCAGCCUUGUCCAUCCGCAAAAUACUGCCCCAAAGGCACCACAGACACAGGGGUGGACUGCCCCCGGGGAUUCUACUGUACUGGGGGACAAUCCUCAGGCUUCCAGCAUCCCUGUCCAGUGGGGACAUACGGCCCAGAUCUUGGAUUUGACAAUGAGACACAGUGUAUCCCCUGUCCUGCUGGAUUUUACUGCCCUGGGGGUACAGAGUCCCAGCCCACUACUGCCCCCACCCCAUGUGAGCCUGGUACCUACAACCCUGACGCUAACACAGGCCACCCACUCAACUGUCACAAGUGUGACAUUGGCUUCGCUUGUCCUGAGAUCAACCACACAGCUUCUGUUGUUCCAUGCAAAGCAGGUUACUACUGUCCCCUGGGAACUAUAGCAGAUGACCAGUACCCCUGUAUCCCCGGGACCUACAGUGAUAAAACUAACCUCUCAUCAGCUGAUCAGUGUGAUGCUUGUCCAGAGGGAAAAUACUGUGAAUGGGGAACAAACAAUUCCACCAAUCCUCCAAAACCCUGCUGGCCUGGAUUCUACUGUCCACUUCAGUCUCCCUCCCCAGAGAAGUUCCCCUGCCCCGCGGGGACAUACUCAGACCGGGCAGAUCUGUAUGAGGCAUCUCAGUGCUACACCUGUCCCCAGGGUUACUACUGUGAAGGUGGAGCCAGCAGCACAUCUGGUAUCUGUCCAAGAGGUUUUUACUGUCCAAAUGGCACCAAGGCAGGAACUGAGUAUGGUUGUCCUAAUGGAACCUACAAUGAUGUAGAGGGACUGUAUGAAGAGGCCCAGUGUAAAAAUUGCUGGCAAGGUCACUAUUGUGAGUUUUCAGUCUCAGCCCCAGUACAAUGUAAAGCUGGUACCUACAUGCCAUAUGGAUUUAACCGAACAAGUAAUAAUCUUGUUGGACCAGGCCAACCUGCUAAAAGACAGUUUGAAUGUAUCACCUGUCCUGGUGGAUUCUCUUGUCCAAUAGGGACAAUACAUCCCUACGACUGUACUGUGGGUUUCUAUUCCAAACCGGGACAAGAAAUCUGUGAAACUUGUAGAAUAGGACAUUAUUGUGACAACUCGUCCACCUCAGAAGAUGCAAUGGUCAACACAAAGAAAUGUCCACCUGGUCGAUACUGUCUGGCUGGACUGACCAAGGAACCUGAUGCUACUGACUGUUCUGUUGGAAGAUACUGUCCAGAAGGAACUGUGGAAGAGCUGAAGUGUCCAGUGGGAACAAUUCGUCGCACUACGAAUGCUCAUGAUGUUGACACCCACUGUGAGCCCUGCCCCGCCGGUUACUAUUGUCUGGAGGGGUCGUUUACAGAGACAGGGCCAUGUGAAACAGGAUAUUACUGCCCCACCAACUUUACCAAUCCAUACGGUGUUCAUCCUCCUACAAUUGGUGCCUAUGGAGCUAGACAGGUGCCCUGCCCAGAAGGAACCUACACCAGUGUGACGGCCACACCAGAUGUGGGUAGUUGUCAGACCUGUCCAGCUGGCUACUACUGCCCCCUGGCCUCCAGCUCACCCACUGACUGCCCCCGAGGAUCAUACUGUGUGGCUGGGUCCUCCAAACCAGAACCCUGCCCCAUUGGCAGAUAUGGAAAUACAUCAUUGUUGACUGCUCUGACUGAGUGCCCCCAGUGUGACCCUGGCUGGUAUUGUGAUGCCCCGGGUCUCCUACAGCCCCGCUCACCCUGUGACCCAGGAUAUCUCUGCUACUUGGGGGCCUCCACUUCAGCUCCUACAGAUGGGGUGACAGGAGAGCUUUGUCCCAGAGGAGGAUUCUGUGUGUCGGGAUCUUAUGUGGCUGAACCAUGUCCUCUGGGAACCUACAGCAAUGUAUCAGGAGCUGUGAACAACUACGAAUGUUUUGAUUGUGAUGCUGGGUACUACUGCUCCUCAGUGGCUGGUGGGGCACCCACAGGGGCAUGCUGGGGAGGAUAUUAUUACAGUAAAACACGGUUAUAG